UGGCAGCUCAGCUGGCCAAUAGGAGCAGUUGCCCUGCCCUGCGCGUUCCCGCGGGCGGCGGGGAAGGUGGCAGCGGCAGCAAGAUGGCGGUGGCUGGCAAGGGAGUGGUGUCGGCCGCCGUGAAGCCGAUCUUCAGCCGGGACCUGGGCGAGGCGAAGCGGCGCGUCAGGGAGCUGUACCGGGCCUGGUACCGCGAGGUGCCCAACACGGUGCACCUGUACCAGCUGGACAUCACGGUGAAACAGGGGCGGAACAAGGUGCGGGAGAUGUUCAUGAAGAACGCCCACGUUACGGAUCCACGCGUGAUAGACAUGCUGGUUAUUAAGGGAAAAAUGGAGCUUCAAGAAACCAUUCAUGUCUGGAAGCAGAGGACUCAUGUCAUGCGGUACUUCCACGAGACGGAAACCCCGCAACCUAAAGACUUUCUGUCCAAAUUCUAUGCGGGCCACAAUCCCUGAGGAACUGACUCUGUGUCUUCCUGCCUUAUAUUACAAAUAAAGUUCUAUACAAUAGAAAAAAAAAAUCCAUACCAAGAGAUUCUCUAGCAUCUUAAGAGCCUAAUGACUAGGCGAAUCCAGAGCAUGUGCAAGCCAUUAUGAUCUGUUUGAAGAGCUGUCAUUUCCUAGUUUUGCCAGUGUGUAUUUUCAGUGGAUGGCAUUUAUCCCAUCGCUUGCUCUGGGGUGUCUGCUGAAUAACCACAACACAGCCUGGCAGCUGGUCUUUGUGCUUAGCCUGCAGCCCCAUCUGUAGAUGUUAGCUCUGUGAGGAAAAGGGCAGAAAUGUUCUUGUGCUUGAGGUAUAUGUGUAUUCAUGCGGUGUGUUGGAAUUUCAUCCUAUGACUUUGUUGACCUUGUGUUUUUUAUUGGACAUUAGUCUCCUUUAUUUCUCACAGAGAAAAUAUCCUAAUGGUAGGCAAAUAAAUCCUUGUGCAAUAAAACA